CUGCGUGCUGACGUCAGGCGCAGGCCCCUGUCCGGCAGGCGAGGAGACCCCGCGCAGUGCUGCCAACGCCCCGGCCGAGAAGCUGAGGUCAUCAUUGAAAAUAAAGCAGUGGAUAUAAAACUGUUUCAGCAAUGCAGACAAUUAAGUGUGUUGUUGUGGGCGAUGGUGCUGUUGGUAAAACAUGUCUCCUGAUCUCCUACACAACAAACAAAUUUCCAUCUGAGUAUGUACCAACGGUUUUUGACAACUAUGCAGUCACUGUUAUGAUUGGUGGAGAGCCAUAUACUCUUGGACUUUUUGAUACCGCAGGACAAGAGGAUUAUGAUAGAUUACGGCCACUGAGUUACCCACAAACAGAUGUAUUUCUAGUCUGUUUUUCAGUGGUCUCUCCGUCCUCAUUUGAAAAUGUGAAAGAAAAGUGGGUGCCAGAGAUAACUCACCACUGUCCAAAGACUCCUUUCUUGCUUGUUGGAACCCAAAUUGAUCUUAGAGAUGAUCCCUCUACUAUUGAGAAACUUGCCAAGAACAAACAGAAGCCUAUUACUCCAGAGACUGCUGAAAAGCUGGCCCGUGACCUGAAAGCUGUCAAGUAUGUGGAGUGUUCUGCACUCACACAGAAAGGCCUAAAGAAUGUAUUUGACGAAGCAAUAUUGGCUGCCCUGGAGCCCCCAGAACCGAAGAAGAGCCGCAGGUGUGUGCUGCUAUGAACAUCUCUUCAGAGUCCUUUCUGCAAAGCUGGUGUUGGCAUCAUGCUAAAAGAAAUGUUUAAAUCAAACUAAAGAUUAAAAAUUAAAAUUCGUUUUUGCAAUAAUGACAAAUGCCCUGCACCUACCCACAUACACUCAAGCAAGACAGGCCAGGCCUAUAGGUCUGGCCUUUCCCCCUCCAAAUACUACUUAAUUUUGCGUAAUUGUGUAUUUGUCAGAAAAGUGAUCAGUGCUAGGUUUUUUUUGUUGUUUCAAAAAUUUUUUGUUUAAAAGCAAGGCAUGCUUGUGAUGACUCUGUAACAGACUAAUUCGAAUUGUCGAAGCUGCUCUGGAGAGUUAUCUGGGGCAUCUAGUAUUGUCAUUUUUAUUUUUGUUUUUGUUCUUUUUUGGGGGGUGGGGGAGUGUAUGUGGGGUCUUUUUAUUUAGUCCUUUUUAUUUUUAUUUUUAAAAUCAGUAACCAUUGGAUAGCCCUUAAGGGGAAGAGGAUGAAUUGAUUCCACAUUCUACUUCCUAAGUCUAGCUUAGAGAAUAUGUUCCCCACCUGGUGCUCUUAGGAAGGAGUAUAGCAGAUGACUCGUUUAAUAAACAUACUCCUUUUUGAAAGUUGCCUUUUUUCUCCACCCCUGAGUAGGUUCAGUAUUUGAUGAAACUCAUGAAAGUGGAACCUGUUUUGCCUCUCCUCUUUUCUAGGAUGCACUAUCUGUUGACUGUGACUUUCAAGGAAAUUUGUUAGCCAUUUGUUUUCGUUCUUUUCCUCCUUGAAGUUAAUUUCUAACUUCGCUAAUAAAUGGAAAGUAUUGCACCUUUUGAAAUACACCAAA